CAAUGUGCUCCAGGUCCGGGCCCUGGAUGGGCUUCUAUACUCAAGCAGCAGCAGCAGAAAUGGCUCUCAGGAUCCAUCUUACCUUACAGUGCUGGAUUGUACUUAUGUGGUUCUAACACUGUCUGGUAACGAUGUUUCCUGGGUGACUCUUUGGUCUCCGGCGAAAGUUGCUUAUCGAAUACCAAAAAUGUACAUGACUCAUGUGUAGGACUCCUUAGCCAUUGAAAGGUAAACUUGAUAAGAAAGGUUGGCUGUGUUCUGCGCUGGCAUGACUAAAAAGUAUUUCCCUUGCUCUGAAGUCAAAUCCAAAAGGAGGUUAGCUUUCUUUUGUUGUCUUGAUGAUGCCCAUUGUUGACAGAAAGGGUGCUAAAGUACACUAACUUUUAUAUCUAGGUCUUUUAUUCUGAAAAAACUGUUUGGUAUUGUUCGAGAAGAGAUUACAAAGAGAUCUUUUAUGCAGUAAUGGUCCCAAAGGUCAGCUUUUCUUUUUUUUUCGCUUCUUACUUCCCUAUCCGAAAAAAAACACUUUUAUGGCAGCCUCACCCCACCCACGUUAAAGAAUAGCAGUUGGUUGAUGGUUCCACCGGUCCUGCAGGGCCCUGUUUCCUUGUUCCCUCCCCUGAACAGCGUAGGUCUUUGUGUUGUAUGGCAGUGAUUGGUCCGACUAGCAUUACCUGCGUGGCACAUCCUGAAACCGACACAUGAACUCACCUGAGAGUACUUAACUGGUAAAAGCUACAGGUGGCCUCCUCCCAGCUUUUAUCCACAAAAGACAAUUAAAUGAAACCUUAGUGUUUUAAGUAAAACAAAAACAGACAGUAGGUAGUGUUUAAAACUUAAAGUGAUUCCUGGGAAUCCUUUUGAUUUAAAACUAAUUAGAAAAAUCUUCUCCAAUUUCUUGACUACAAUGUGAAUUUAAUGGGUAAAGCCCUCAAACAGACUUGAGAAAAAGGCAAAUAAUAGGCAUGGAGCGAGCGGAGACCUAGUGUUUGUUUAAGGAGGGAGAAUUACCCCGCAAAUAUUGAGCCGCACCUUUAUUUGCCCACCUAGCUCCAUUAUCCAAGCCACAGAAACAUUAAAUAGGUUUUAUUUCCUCUCCUCCAGUUGUCCCUUUAUUCUAUGUUGGCGUCACAUAUCAAUGUACCAUGCUUACUUUGCUUGGUGUGUUCACUCAUGGCUUUAUUCUUUCUCUGCAUGGUCGAAUGAAUGAGCGUGAACAGAAGCUGUGGUUGCAACAAAAGAGGAACUGCUCAUUUCAGUCUGUUUCUGCUAAACUGCUCUGUUCCCUCCGGCUCUCUUCUUCCUCUUUGCACAGGUGAAAGCUCAGAGGUCAUCCUUCUAGCCUGUUGAUAGGCGUCUUACCAGACAUGGUUAGAUGUAAUUAUUGGUGUCUAAUACUGUCUGGUAAUGCCGUCCAUUAAAUGGCAUUACCUUCUGCUCUCUUACUUCCCCCUCUCUCUUGCGCUUCUGACAUGCAUUGUAUUGACAAAGGGCAGUCAAGGGAGGCACAUCAACAUAUUUAUAGCCAUGGCAGAUGGGGCUGAAUGAUGAUGACUAUGGAACUAUGAUCCUUGCACUGGAAGAUUGAUUAAUUUUACGGGGUUUCUUCCACGUGACAUGAGUCAAAGUUUCUCCACUGAGCAGCGAUCUGCGAUUUCCUCACAAUAGGCUUUCUCGAUGAAUGCUGCGCCGUGAAUUAGUUUCUAUCAGGAAUGUUAAUGUGAAUGCCUUGUAAAAAAAAGAAAGUAUUAUAGAAAAUGCUGUGACUUUUAUCUUUUGAAAGAUCUGCUUUCUUCCUCUUACCGCAAUAACCAAAUUCCUUCUGGGAACUUGGCUUUUCUCCAGGUACAGUAGAACAAUGCCCACAGUUUUUUGGGACCUCAUUAUACAUGACAAACUCUGUACAUAAUGUGUUUAAUAUGAUGUGAUUUUAUGAAACGUAAAAUAUUCAAUAAAAUGGUGUGCAAUAUGAAAUACUUCUCUUGUCCAUUUUUGUUCUCUUUAUAAACACAUUUUCAGAAUCGGUUUUGAAGAGAAAUACAUUUUGUUCCUGUUUCCCAUGUGCUUUUUCUUCAUAGCAGUUUCUCUAGUGAUUGUGAACUCUUCCCUCGGACAGACCGGAAUGCCGAGCCUCAGUCAGGUGUGGAUCAGGUUACUGCUGAACAGAGCUUCUUUUUAAAUGCCUCAAUUUACCCAUGAGGUCCCCCCAUCAGCUAAGCCCUCAUUGUGUCUCCGUCUAUGGCAGCACACAGUAGGCUAACUUGAUAAACCGAGAAGCACAAGGCGUGUUUUCUCUGCCAGGUCAAUGGGCGACCAACAGUACAGUAGGCUGCUUUUGGCCACUGAAAUCCAUACGCUUCUUCUAUAUGGUCGUUGCAUUAGCAGACUUUUAUCUUUUUUUUAGCCAACAAAGACAAUAGCAUAUAGCUAUGGUGUUUAAUUAGGCCUGUUAGCUCAGUGCUUCAGUUGACUGGUUAAACGCAGCUCUGAUUUUAUCAGUUGGAACACAAACAGAAAAACCAUUUAGCCAUUUUAGCAUAACGGGCCCCAGGCCUCAUUGAUCUCCCAUGCAGGGGUAGUUCACAUGCUGUUCCACAAAGAAAGAGUUUGUCAGAGGCAGAAAUGUUAUAUCCCAGUUUUUUUCUUUUGCAUGUUAUUUGCCCUUUAUAGGGAAUAUGUUCAGUAAAACCUGUUCUUUAGACUUAUCAAAGUUAGCAUUCUUUCAUGCUAGCAAGCUAUCAAUAAGUCAACAAAACAAAUGUACACAUUUUAAACUAUGUUAAGAAAAUGUGUGUUUGAAAAACGUUUAAUUGGAACUGACAUCAUGAUUUCUCAUGUUUAAUGAAUGAUUAAAAGGGUUUCCUGUAACAGCUUAUCCAAAUAAAGAAAUCCUAAGAGGAAGACAAAUGCCAACUUAAUCAUUAAUUUGAAGCUUUCAAACAAGAGCCCCCUUUUACAGGACUGUGAUCUAUAGACAAAAAAUGGAAUCUAUCUAAGAACAUUUGGUCAAGUAUGUUUGUGUUGGCUUUCAUAAUGCACUAUUUAAUGUAUAUGGUUGUUUUAAUGACAUCAUACCAAGUUUGUCAUUUUUUACAUAUUGCCCUUGGGUCAGUAUAUUGCUGGUGUUCAAAAGUGUUCAGCCUCCCAACGAAUAAAAAAAGAUUAAAAAAAGCUUUACAACAUAUAUAGUUUGACACUUUGAAAACACAUUUGAUUAUUUCUUUUUAGCUGAAUGUAGUUUUAGAGUCUUGUUAUUUAAAAAUGUGGCUCACUGUCACAGCGGCAUGUCUCCCUGGGACACCUGAAUAAAAACAUUGUUAGUGUCAUUAGCAACACCUGUGCAUUUCCUUCAAUGACCAGUUGAAACGUCAGCUUUGAAAAGGCCUAUAACUAAACCUUGGACUAUCAUUUACCCCCUUUUUUGUCGGGCAAGAAAGCUGUGCAGACCUGUUUUCAGUUUGACAGUUUCUCUCUUUGACCCGUAUCAGCAACAGAUAUGUGUUAUUGUCAACAAACAAAAGGUGAACAGCCAUCUUGAAUGUUUGCAACAACAGCAUGUGGGAGGGACUAGAGUUCAUAAUUUUGUACCAAAAGAGAUGUGAAUUGCUGCCAUAAAAAUAUUCAUAGGUGAGUAAAAAACACACUUAAUCACAAUAAAAUAAUCUGAAUGUGUCUAAAAUACAUGAAUUCAUAUAAUCUAUGAUUUAAAAAAAGCUUUUAAGAAAUCCACAUUGUUUAGUAGCGCUACUGCCAACACAGACUAGUCGUUUUAGUUGACUGGAGUAUUUAACUAGCAUUAGAUAAGGCAUAGUGCAGCCAUUGCGGUUAAGAUCCAAUGUAACUGUCGCUUAAUAAAACAAAAAACGGACCUAACAUAUGUCCUGAAAUUGUCGUAUUUCAUAAAUAUUGUCACCAAAUAGUAAGUUCUCCAGCCCCUGUCUGUCUUGGCUGGUUCUCAGGGUUACUUUUAGAUGCAUGUGGUUUCUUGCAGCAAAGAAACAAACGUUUAUACAUGACAGUAAUAUAGAAACACUCUACUGUACAGUUAGAAGAGGCAUGAGCUUUGGUGACGUCACUUCUAAAUCACUUACCUGACUGGUAGAGAGCCUAGAGGAUUCCUGCGCUGGUCUGUGCAUGCUUGUUGCAGUCAGACCAGAUUCCUUUACUGCAGCCGGCUCUGGGUGACGAGGCUAGCUUCACCUAGCUGUGCUUGCUACUGUCGAGGAACAGGAGCACAACAGAGGCAAACAACUGUGACUUACCUGCAAGUGUGCUGAUGCACUGUACAGUACAUCUGAGUAGUUGUCACAUUAAUGCAGGGCACAGUCUGUAGAGUGGAACUGAUUAUAAGUUAGGGCAAAGUAUCGCCACAUUUAAGUUUUAUUUAACUGCAUUUUCUUCAUUGGCACUAUUUAUGACCAGAUGGUGGCCACAGUGCAGACCCCAGGGACAAACUUGAGUUCUGAGGCCAAUGCCUUUGUCAAGGACAAAGGUAGGAGAAUUUUGAAGCACUGCUGUAUUGUUUGCCCUGCGUUAGAUGUACAGUAAAUGCUCUUUACACACUAAUAGCACCAUUUUAUGUAUUGCAUAUAAAUGAGAAACACCAAUACUUCCAAAACACUUGAUCACUUUAAUGCUUAGAUUCACAUAAGAGCCUCAAUCUCAACCAAAAUGUUCCUACACACUCAACCCACUUGCCCUAUUCUUAUAAAAAGUUAUGUGGCAUUAUGUAAGAGGAACAUUUCUAUUUAAAAUUGAAAUUAGAGGUCCAGUGUAGGAUUGUACAUUGCCAUCAACUGAAUGGGACUCUUUCCUCCCUUUCCAAGCGUGUAGAGAACCUAUAGUGGUCUUCAGGUAAUGUCAAAGAGCCAGAGUUGAUCUGGGCUAUAUACUGUAGAAACAUGCCAUUGCAAUAUAGUGGACUUGUAAAAGAUGGACCUAUGUAGAUAUGAAAUAAUUACUCUAAAAUAACAAAAACAGGAUUCUUAGUUUAAGGAGAUUAUUUCAUAAUAAAAACCAAGUUAUAGUAUUUUCCAUUUCUAGUAAUAGUUAUUUUGUCAUUCCUACACACUGGACAAGAAAUAAGCAGGCUAGUUUAUAAGUUGUCAAUGCAAAACCUAUGUGGUUCAUUUGUGUUGUUUAUGUUCUCACAGAAGAAAGAGAGAUAUUAUGACCUUACUACACCCUGUACACACCUGCGUGGAGUUGGAAAGCCAGGCUAUACUAGAGGGUGUUACCAGCAUACUAGAUGACGUUAUAUGAGAAGUUUGGCAUCAGGUACAUGUUUCUCUGCAUUUGGAGGGACCACAGAGGCUCAGCUGGGUGGGACACAGCAUUUCCCACCUUCAUCACCUUUAAAUGAUGGUGUAAAAUAACAAAUCUGCAUGGAGAACAUGAAUUAUUUUUUUAGAGCUAUAUAAGUGAUACAUUUACAUUAUUUAUAUCUGAUAAACUGCAUCUUUUAAAAUCAAUAACACACAUAUUUUCCUCUAACCUGCGCUAUUUAUUGAUCUAGAGACCUUAUUAUAGAGUUAUAGUCAUAAUGUAUGCCUAACUAACAGACAUAAUGCAACAUUUAUUGAAUUUAUUUUAUUCACAUAUUUAGCUCAAAACUACUAUCUUAGUACAAAAAUCUGCAUUACAUUUUUCCAUAUUAAAUGGUCCUAGUGAAAUGUGAUGUCUUUGUGUCUCAAUCUUGCAGUUGUCACCAGUGGGAAUGAAUGAAUACAGACCCUGGGAACAAAAGGUUUCCUCCCCCCUCUUCCACCGCCCCCUCUGCUUUCCCGGUGUAAUUCUGUAAGGAAAUCAUGAAAAGCGGGAGACAGAGAGACCCUUUUGAGACGCGCCUUUCUUUACAUCGAAACUUAACUCCAUUCUCUGCACUAUAACACCUUUACAAGGAGAUUCCCUCCAAAUAAUGGGUUGUGUAGGGACACCAUUGCUGCAGGCUGCAUCCCUGUAAUUGCUGAGCACUUCCUGGUGCAGGAGUCAGUUGAGAUGACAUGGGAAUGGGCAAGUCGCCAAAGACAAACGCUUUAUGUAACCGCCCUGAGACAGAGCACACCUACUUCUGGUCUAAUGAUAUAUAUUCAUUUCAUUAGUUUCAUUUUUUAUAAAACAGUUCAUAUUUUAUAAAACACAUUACUGUUUGUGAAAAUGCUCAAAAACUGUCUUGUCAUUGUCUCUGGCAAUGUGGUCUAUUUUAUGUUUGUGGUUUGGUUGGCCUGGCCUGUCAGCAUGAUGAGUAGUAUGGGAAGAGUACCAACAGCAGAAACUCAAAUAAAGUAAAGUUACCCAUCCCAAGCAUCCCAAUGUGGCCCAACCUGUCUAAAAGACAAUCCAAGAUCAAAUUAAAAUAGUUAUUAGUUAACAUUUAGAUCCUGAAAAUGUUAUUCACACACUACACACACAUGUAUGCAGCCUCUUGGCAGAUGGUGAACCAUGAGGUUGCCAGGGCUGUAAAACAAGCCUGUUCUCUUUGUCCACCUACGCAGCACUGUGCACAGUGUGUCUAUCAGAUGGCGGCUCUUUAUCAAGGUGUGGCUGACACUGGCUCCACACAAAGCUCUGUUAAACAGGAACAUUGGAGGCCCGCUUCUAAUAACUGGGGUGAUGCGGCUGGGCUCGCAUCACUGCCAAGCAGCUCUCUGUAAUGGCUGCCAUUUAAAAAAAAACUAAACUGACAUGACUUUCUGUAAUGUCUUGUAAAUGUAGUCAUGCGUGAAAUGUGUUUCAACACAUUAUUCUGGUAUGUGUGACAACUACUUUGUACUCAGUUGUUGUUGUUUUUAGUUUGUUAAAGUUAGAAUGCGUCAUUUAUCGACUUGUUCAGCUGCCAACAACUGUUUUAUAUAUCCAUGAACCAUUUUACCGUAUCACAUAAAGCGUGAUUCAGUUCAGAUCUCGACUGUUUUAACUCUGAAAAGUUUGACUAACCUGCUCUAAAUAAGAUCUAGGCAUGAAUUGCUGCUUAAACUACAGGUGUUAUGUGUAUGCGUCACCCUUGGUUUCCCUGCUGUAUGUGUGAUUAUAUGGUUGCAUGGAUGCUGGGUCUAAGAGGCACCCGCCCCUGUCAAUUAUCAGAUUUUUGAGAGGAAGAGAGGAGAUUAUGCAUAAUUCCCAACCGUGGUUUGGUCUGGGUGUUUCCUCUAGAAUCACUGAGACAGAACGUGGAUUUGCCAAUGGAGACAUACUAUGUUGCUCAACUGCAUACCUGUCACUGGAUUUGGCUCUAGACUACAUGAUUUAUGUUAAUGUCUGCCACAUACAAAUAAUGAUUUAAACAAUGAUUUUGCUGGAUGUGGUUAAGUUAACUUACAAUAAAGUAUUUUAUUUUAUAAUAGGAUCCCCAUUAGCUGUGUCUUUCUGACUUACACCAGUGCCUUUUUCAACAUAAUACAAAUCUCCAUCUUAUGUUCCAAGAUGUUCCGUUAUUUAAUUAAGAGAUUGAUUCCUAUGUUAAGAUAAGAUAAGAUAAGAUAAGAUAUAAGAAUAUAGUCAGAAACAAUGGUAAAUAAUUCCAUAUGUUGCGCUCUUUGAUACUGUGUGUUCUUAGCGAAUAAGUGUUUGCCUUGGGGCGUCAAAGCCUUGUCUGUCUGACGUCAUUGUGUUGAUGACGCUAAAUUGUGUUUUAAUCGACUGAAAUUAUGGCAUUUGGGCUUGUAAAACGUUCCAUGUUGAAAGAAAUACGCAGUAUUCAUCCCAUCUUCAACUUUUGAGCUUGACAUUUUGCACUUAUUAUAUAUUAAAUUAGCGUUUCCCCUACUACAUUACUAAAUCUGUAGGACAGAAUGUUGCUUGUUUCUAUGAGAAGAAUAACUGCUUAUACUGUUAUCACAACACACAACUAUCUAAAUUAAAAGCUACAUUUGUCUGCCCUAGAAAUGUAUGUCACUUUGCAAAACACAUGUCCCUGAGCCUUUAGAAAAUAUUAUUUUACCUUUAGUGUCAGGAUAUAAUACCCUGGAAAUCCAUUUUGAUUGACAGUCUGUUCUCAUGUUACCUUAGGAUUCAAAAAACAAAGGCUAACAGGCAGUUAAUAUUGAAUGAAGCUUAACUAAGAGGUGGGGUAGGUGUGGGAUACAUAAUCUUGAGAAGUUUGUCUUGAGCUGCUGUUGUUGGAUCUACAAGUGGCAACUGUUGCUAAGGGUCCCAUUACCAGAGUAACCGGUGAUUGUUUACUUUGGUCUAGCCAGAAUUCCCUACUUGCAGUGUGGCAGACUGCGACUCAUUUCUGUGGGCUAAACUGCUGACAGACUAUGUGAUUUCACCUCUGUCGUGUCUGUGCUUCAGUCUGUGGGUUUCUGUUUGUCUCGGCCUUGCCUUUGGAGUACAAGCUUGAGCGCACAUGGCAGCAGAGGAACAGGCUGAGUGGGUUUUCAUGGAGUCUGGCUGUCCCUGUGUGUGAGACACUGGAGCUACAGGUAAAACCCCCUCUAAUUCUAAAUGUUAUAUGUCAUGGUUCAGCUCCUGUCCUCUAACACAAAAUACCACAUUUAAUUAAAUACUUGUUCUAUUUCUUCACACUCGUUUGUUUGUAUUUUUCACGUUUCAGGCUUGCCAAAUAUGAUAAUACAUUUGAACUAUAAGGCCUAAAGUCUAAACCUGCUUACAGGUGUGAGCAACCCCAUGGAGAUUAAAUGUUAAUUAAACCAAAGAAAAUGUAUACAUUUUUGUGGUGAGCCCUUAAAUGUACAGUUUGUUGUGAUGGAAAGGUAUAACAAGACGGUGCACAUUUCUUAGCAAUGUGCCUCUUAGAUUGUGAGAUUUUUUAAUUUUUAAUUUUUGUCUGAUAUUCAAAUAUCAAAGGGCUAAAGUAGCAUUUGAACUCGUGGUGGAGGACAUACAUUCAAUGGGUCAACAAAAUCAUUAGGAAUAAUCCUCUGAAUACCAUAAAUACCAUACACAUCACAUCAUCAUAUCUGCUUCAUAUGGCAGUCUGGCCAGUAGCCAAAAUAUGUUUCUUAUGAGCCAAACAGUUGUAUGGGCUGACAGAUUUACUGCUAUGCUAUGCUAUGCUAUGCUAUGCUAUGCUAUGCUAUGCUAUGUUAUACUUGUUUAUUAUAUGUAAUGAAUAAAAGCUGCUCACAAUUCAUAAUAAUUAAGUGUCUAUAGAAAAGCUAUUCAGUCUGAACCAAAAUGGUGGACAGACCAACCAACAGACAAAUAUCACCAUCCAAAGGGAAACGAUAUAAGCAUGAAAAUAAUAUCAUGUGACCGUACCAGACAUGUACAGCACUUGCUGUUGAUGAAGUAAACAUUAUCUAUUCAUCUUGAUCCUUACACUAAAUCGUUAGUGUAUUGAACAAAACCUAUAAUAACAAACAUCUCAUUUGGGGUCUCAUACAGUAUCACUUCACCCCAAAGAAAGGGUCUCUAAUGUUGCAAAAUGUUCAGCCAUCACCAGAAAUCUGCACGAGCAGAGGUCAUGUCUGAGUGCUGGGUGAAGUCCUGCAGUGAAGGCCCGGCAGAGGGGAGAGAACGGCAGAAGCCGCAAGGGGAAAACGGAGAGAAGGAGGAAGUGAAGGCUCCCUGUGGGGACAACAUGCCUGCAGGAAGCCUGAGGCAGGAGGAGCCAAGGGGAGAACCGGCCUCGUCACCUGACCAUAGGGACAUGCAGGAAGUAGCAUCAGGAAGUGGACUGGAACAUGUCCAAAGGGAGGAGACGCAGACUCAAGAAAAGAGAAAGAAGUUUUCCCACAUGACUUUCAACAAGGAAAAUCCAUAUAGUGGGCCAGCAUCAGGUGUGGACCUGGUGCGGCACCGCCGGAGGUCCCUCCCCAGGGAGAUGUCGACCUGCUCCUACCCAGACAGGGACAGGCAGCGGCAGGUAGAGGAGCCCCGGGGGCCUGGGCCCUUCUACUUCGUCGGAGGAGCCAACGGAGCUGAAAUAGUGAGCCGUUACUGUGAGAGCAGAGGAUGGAAGAGGAUUUACAACAAGCAGAGGGAGGAUUUCAAACUCAAGUGGUGUGAGACUAAAUCACAAGCCAACUACAGUAACUUCAGAGAAGGUGAACAGUUGGUGUACCAGAUCCCCAACAACAAGGUGCUCACCACUAAGAUCGGCCUCCUCAGCAGCCUGCGGGAGUACGAGCGGGUCAGCAGCAAAGUCAAACACGGAGCAGGACUCAGGAGGCUAAAAAUGGAAGAGUUUAUUCCCACUACCUUCCGCAUGGAUGUGAGGGAGGAGAGGGAGGCUUUCUUUGCCCAGCAGGAGGGUGUGAGCAACAACGAGGGUCCCAUGUGGAUCUGUAAGCCCUCAGGCCUGAACCAGGGGAAAGGCAUCUUCCUGCUGAAGAGCCAGGAGGACGUGGCGUCCUUCAGACUGAAGCUGCAGCACACGGAGGACAGCCAGGCCGACAGGAAGCUGCUCCAGCGCCCGCCUCAGGCUCGCAUUGUCCAACAUUACAUCCAGAGGCCGCUGCUCCUGAAAGGGAAAAAGUUUGAUGUGCGCUCUUACCUUCUGAUCGCCUGCACCGCACCCUACAUGGUCUUCUUUCGUCAUGGAUACGUGCGACUGACCUGUGACCUUUACGACCCGAGUUCCAACAACCUCUCUGCCCACCUGACCAAUCAGUACAUGCAGAAGAAGAACCCUUUGUACAGCCAGCUGAAGGAGGACACUGUUUGGACCAUGGAGCGCUUCAACACCUACGUCAAUGGCAGGUUUCGGGUUGCCAAGGGUCUGCCCAGGGACUGGGUGAUGGGCGCCUUUGCAGAGCGCAUGCAGCAGAUCAUGACGCAGUGUUUCCUAGCAGUCAAAUCCAAACUAGACUGCAGACUGGGCUUCUUUGACUUAAUUGGAUGCGACUUUAUGGUUGAUGAGGACUUCAAGGUGUGGUUGUUGGAGAUGAACUGUAACCCAGCUCUCCACACCAACUGUGAAGUGCUGAAGGAGGUGAUACCGAGCACCGUGGAGGAGACACUGGAUUUAACUCUGGAGAUCUUCAACAAGUGUCGCCUCAAGCAGAGAAUUCUUCCUCUGGCCAGUCAGAGGGACUUUGUGCUGCUAUGCAACAAAGUGGCUCCUCCUGAUUCGCUGCUGGGCUGCAGCAAGAGCAGCACACAUACUGAAGUCCUCCAGAAAAGCUCCACAAAGACUGAAGACAAAACUGUCCCCUCUCCAUCCCCUGAUGAUGUCUCUGGCAGUGUUCAAGGACAGGGGGGGACAAAGUCUGGCCAGCGCUCCUCCACCUCGGUUCAGGGACCUCCACAUUUACACAGCAGGCAGACUGUUAAGUAUAAGAACCCCAGGCCUCGGGUCGAACUAAAGCCGAGUAAAUGUACUUUGCAACAUUCAAAAGCUUUGGAUGACGGGGAGCAUCAGCAGAAGAAGAGGAUCAUCAUGACGCUGUCGUCACCAGGAACCUCCGUCCGUGGAUCACCAUUCCCUCCUAAUGCUGGAUCUCCUGUGAGUGGGAACAAACAGGAACAAAAGCCCAGAGAGGAUAUUUAAGUUUAUGCGAGUAAAGAGGAACUGUGAUGCAUCAUACGCAAACAGCCGGGGUCUAAAAGGCCACAUCUAAAAAAAGGCUUGAAGAAAGGAGGAUCCACACUUCUGGUGCUGUUUGUCUGUGAGAAAUAAACGCUUAAAUGUGACAACAAAUUAUUUAUUAAUGCUAAGUGGGUUCAUGUUAUUGUUGCUUUGUGUAUUAUGUCAUGAUAAAUAUGGAGGACGGAACAUGACUUAAGUAUAAAUAAAUAAAUAAAUAAAUGUG